AAAACCCACAUCAAAAAUUCCAUCUUUUUAUUCUCCAACCUAACACCCAAUUAAUUCCCUCAAUUCAUUUACAAAUACACAUAUAUAUAUAAAUAAUAGUUAAGUUAUAUAUACAUACAUACAUUGUAUCUAUAGUCUUUAUGGAUCCACCCAUUAUCAAUGAGACUUCUUUCUCAACAGCCAAUCCUUCUUCUUAUAGUUUAACUGGAAUAUGGCCAUUUUCUUCUUCUUAUGUUAAUGGUGCUAAAACUGAGAAUUUGGGCCUCAAAAUUGGGAGCAUAAUUAAACAAAUUGGUGAAGAUGAAUCCAUGGUAACUGAGCAUAGUAGUAAGAGAAAGGAUGUUAAUUUUGAUGAUGAUGUUUCUUUAAAGAUUGUGUCUACUAGUAAUGACAAUAAUUUGAACAAAUUGUAUGGUAAAAGAAUGAAGAUAUCAGGAUCCAAAGACGAAUUGGGUGGUUCGAAAAUAGCUCAAGAAAGGAGUUCAGGGUUAGCUAGCAAGGCUGUGGUCAGUCAAACAGAUAAACUGCCCGAACCACCUAAAGACUACAUUCAUGUUAGAGCAAGAAGAGGCCAAGCAACCGAUAGCCAUAGUCUAGCCGAGAGAGCUAGGAGGGAAAAGAUUAGCGAAAGAAUGAAAAUUCUGCAAGAUUUAGUCCCGGGAUGCAACAAGGUUAUAGGAAAAGCACUUGUUCUUGAUGAAAUAAUAAAUUAUAUCCAAUCGUUGCAACAUCAAGUAGAGUUCUUGUCUAUGAAGCUUGAAGCUGUAAAUACCAGGAUGAACUCCCCUAUUGAGAGGUUGCCGACGAAAGACCUUGGACCACCACCUCUCGAUGCAGCCAGACUCUUAUUUGGCUUCCAAACAGCAAAACAGUUUGGACAUGGGUCCCAACCGGAAUGGCUUCAUAUGCAGUUAGGCAAUAGCUUUGGGCGAACGACAUAAACCCCAGACCGCACAUUGUUAGCCAAUCAGAAAUCAGGAAAGCCAACCUGUUGCAUUGAUGAACAUGUGUAAUUGCUUGGGGUACCUCCUUUCUAUAUAUAGAAGUUAUAUCAGAAUCAGACUACUAUUGAUAUAUUCCAGGGUCUUUGUACUAUACCAUGUAUAGAAAGUUGCAUCAGGGAUACUUCUAUCUUAUUGAAAGAUUAAGUGUACUUGGACUUUCUUAAUUUAGCAAAAGAAUCUCAUUAUUGAAUGUAGUACUUCACAUUUAACAA